CGAAAGAAAUAAAACAAAGCUGGAUUUUCACUUCCUUCAAAAACUAAGACAGACUGAGAUAACUAGUAUAAACACUGUGAGGACAACUCUCAUCUCAUCCCCCAACUCAAUUCAUAAACCCUAGAAAUAGUUAAUGUUAAGUGUAUACAGGAAGCAAAAGCUAAGGGAGACUCUUUUAAUGGUGGUGGGAGGGGAUUUCAAGUUUCAAUGUAUAUUGCUGUGUUGAGGUUGUUCUAAACAGAAUGCAGUGUUUAAUGGCGAAAGUGACGGGUGUUUAUUGAAAAAAACGAAUCUUAUUUUCAUGUUAUAUUGUCGAGAAUUUAAGCUGAAGGUGUAGCAGGCGAUUAUUCUCUUCUUCCUCCUCUUCUUCAAAUUUACUGUGGAGAGAAUCAUUUUUCUUUUUUUGUUUGUUCUCUCUUUUUUUCUGGGUUAUAUCACUGUCGGUAUUUUUGAUUUUUCAUCUUAGUAUCUGAUUCAUUUUCAGAAAGAAAAAUUACAAAAUAACGUCUUAAACCAAAUCCAGCUCAAAUCUUCACUCAGUCUGUCUAGUCUUCUUCUUCUUUUUAUCAUUUUCCGAUUCCCAACAGUUUAUUAAUAUUCCAGGUUCUUCAUCUUUUCUUCUAGGUUCUUCAUGCUUUCAGUAGUCAUUUCAGAAGUUUAAGUUUUAUAAGUUCUUGAAAAGAAAGAUUUAUAUUCAAAGUAGUUCUCUUUUUUUUUGACUGAAAGUAUCUUAAAAAAACAUCAAUCCUUUUAAUUAUUCUAAGAGUUUCAAAAAUGUCACUUUAAAUAGUCCCUUCAGAAGUCACUAGUUUUAUCAUCUUCAAGAAAAAUGUUUGAUUUUCCUCCAGAUUCAGAAGGUUCUGAAACCACAUUAACAUCAUCAAGUCAAAGCUCAAUGAGUUGUGAAAGUUGUAGUAGUUUCAGUAAUUUCUCAUUUGAUACAUUAGAUACUCAAACAAUCAAAACUCCAUAUUCUUCAUCAUCACCGGAGUAUAAUUCCUCAUUAAAACCACACAGAUCAUCAGAUGUAGCUUGGGAAGUUAUUCGUUCAGCUAUAUUCCGAAACAAAAAUGCUCUGAAUUUCAAAGAUUUUAAAUUAGUUCGUCGGAUUGGAAGUGGUGAUAUUGGCCAUGUUUAUCUCUGUCGUCUCAAAGAAAUUCACAAUAACAAUGAUAAAGAAGAUGAUGUAAACAGCAAUUAUUAUGCAAUGAAAGUUGUUGAUAAAGAAGCAUUAGCAGUGAAAAAGAAAUUAACAAGAGCUGAAACAGAGAAGAGGAUAUUAAAAAUGUUAGAUCAUCCAUUUCUUCCUACCCUUUAUGCUGAAUUUGAAGCUUCACAUUUCUCCUGUGUUGUCAUGGAGUAUUGUUCUGGUGGUGAUUUACAUUCUCUCCGUCACAAACAACCAGGAAAACGUUUCUCUUUGAGCUCCGCAAGGUUUUAUGCGGCGGAAGUUCUUGUUGCAUUGGAAUACCUUCAUAUGUUAGGCAUCAUAUACAGAGAUUUGAAGCCGGAAAACAUUUUAGUCAGAUCAGAUGGUCAUAUCAUGUUAUCAGAUUUUGAUCUUUCUUUAUGUUCAAGUGCAAUCCCAGCCGUUGAAUCACCUGCUUCAUCACCUUUCAAUAACAACAAUUCGUCGUCUAAUUCCUGCACAGCCAUCAAUCUCUAUCAGAAACCAUCCACAGCCAAGUCAUUGUUCUGUUUCGGCGGAAAAAACAGGUCAUUCCGGUCGUCAAGAAAAGUACGGACAAUCUCCGCAACAACGAACAGACAAUUUGUAGCUGAACCAGUUUCAGCAAGAUCAUGUUCAUUUGUUGGGACCCACGAAUAUGUAUCGCCAGAAGUAGCUAGCGGGAAAUCACACGGCAAUGCUGUUGAUUGGUGGGCGUAUGGGAUUUUUAUAUAUGAAUUGAUUUAUGGGUUUACUCCAUUUGCCGGUGAAACUAAUGAAAUGACAUUGAGAAAUAUUGUCAAGAAAAAGUUAACCUUUCCGACUGAGUCUCCGGCGAGUAUGUCUGAGUUACAUGCCCGGGAACUGAUUUCUGAGUUAUUGGUUAAAGAUCCAGAGAAAAGAUUGGGUGUGAAAAGAGGUUCAGCUGAGGUGAAAACGCACCCAUUUUUCAAAGGCUUGAAUUUUGCAUUGGUCCGGUCAUACCCACCUCCCGGAAUCCCGUCACUGAAGCCAACAGCAGCCAGAAUUUCAACAUCUUCCUGUCAAAAUGCAAAUGUCAAGAAGAACCAGUCAACGGUGUUUGACUUCUUUUAGUAAAAUAUAAGAACAGUUUUUCACUGACAUAUGGCUGUGAUAGUUUUAGCCAUUAGAUGAUGAUGUUUGACUGUUUUUGCCACCACCAGUAGUUACAGUGGUUUAUGAUAUGUAAUUUAGACUUAUAAGAAUAGCCCUCUAGGUGUAGGACUUUUAUUGUUUUCUCUUCUCUGUGUAUGCUUUAAAUAUGUAGCCUCUAGUAGUAGAUUAACAUGAUGUCAUAUAUCCAGAAGCAAAAAAAAAGAAAAAAAAUGGUAAUAUUGUUCU